AUGGGUUCUUUCAAGGGUCAUGUUGUACCUGGUUCACUGUUCUUGAUCAUUGGUGCAUGGCACAUUUGGUGUUCUCUGGUUCGCUAUGUCUCCAAUCCUAAGUCUUUUCGGGUCCGGGUUUGGAAUCCGGUCCCAGGUUUUGAAGGGAAGCUGAAGCACUUGGAGCUCUAUAUCAUCGUGAUUGGAUCCUUUAUAGACCUAUGCAUUGAGCUUUUGUACUCCACACACCUUAGGUUUUUCGUCAACGGAGUGCUCAAUCCUAGUCACCUGAACAAUUUUGAGCAUUCAGGGAUGUUGCUGAUGUUCUUUAUCCUUGGUGUUCUCGCGUUGCUAUCAGAGAAAACAAGGUUUCUACCCUUGCCAGAUGGAGCGCUCUCCCUGGUAGCCGCCACUGCAUUUUGUGCAGAGUACUUGCUGUUCUACUUCCACUCAACAACACACAAGGGCCUCGAAGGGUACUAUCAUCUCAUCCUCGUACUCCUGAUAGGACUAUGCGUGGUCUCCUCUAUGGCUGGGGCACUCCUCCCGGCAAGCUUUCCAGUCGACUUGACUAAUGGUAUUGCCAUGACUCUCCAAGGCCUAUGGUUCUACCAGACAGCCUUCAGUCUCUAUGGCCCAAUGAUGCCAAAUGGUUGUCAGCUCGAAGGAGAUCGAAUCGUUUGUGGAUCAACUGUCAGCCGCGUUCGUGGCGAGCUGCUGGCUAACGUUCAGUUAUUCUCCUUGGUACUUGGGGUGCUUGUUGCUGUCGUGGUAUCAUAUGGUUAUGCAGCUUCCAGAUAUGGCCGCGGGGAACUUGGCCGAAUUGUAGAAUUGGAUUUUGGAUACUUGUAA